GUCCAGCGGCGGCCGAGCACGGUGACCGUGCGGCGGCAGCGACGAGACCCACUGACGCCGACCGUCUAGAGGUACAGCCGAGAUCGCCGCACACCCGGCCCCAUGUCAUGGAUACGCUGCCUGCUGCUCGGCCUGGUCCUGGCGCUGGGAGUGCACUGCCUCCCGACCAGUGCCGACGCAUUAGGACAAGACGGCCAGUCGCCGGUGGACAAGGGACCCGACCUUCGACGAGUCACCACCGGAAGCGGACAGCAUCCGGCGGUACAGUGAGCUGCUGACACCGCUGCAGACCCGACAGAUCGGGCUGAUCAGUGACCGGCCCCACUACCCAGAGAACAUGUACAUGUCAGCCCGCUCGCUGCUGGUGCAGCUGGAACGGACCUUCUCCAGCGCCACCGUCUGCGAUCGUCGCCGCUGCUACCACGGCGAGCCGGACCUGCAGACGGUCAUGGAGACGUCGCGCGACCCGGCGCGCCUGCUCUGGGCGUGGCGCGGCUGGCGGCGCGCCGUCGGCCCGCCCAUGCGCGCCAUCUACCCGGACUUGGUGCGCGUGCUCAACGCCGGCGCCAGACAUGCCGGGUUCGCCGACAUGGGCGCCGUCUGGCGACACGAGCUGGAGAUGCCCGACAUCGAGCAGACGGCACGCGGCCUCUCCGAGGAGGUGCGCCCGCUGUACGAGCAGCUGCACGCGCUGGUGCGCUCGGCGCUGCGCCGCCACUAUGGCCCGAAGCUGGUUAGCAGCCGCGGCCCUAUACCGGCCCAUCUGCUCGGCAACCUGUGGUCCCAGAGCUGGGAGUCGCUGGCGGACAUUGUGAACCCUUUCCCCGGCGCCCAGCAGACGGAUCUCUCCAAGAGGCUGGCCGAUCAGUUCUCUGUCAAAGACUUCGUCAAGGUGGCGGAAAACUUCUACAUGUCACUGGGGCUGCCGCCGAUGACUGAGAAGUUCUGGAAGAACAGCAUCUUCCAGCGGCCGGCCGAUGGUCGCAACAUGACCUGUCACGCCUCAUCUGCCGACUUCUACACCGAUGACGACUUUCGGAUACUGAUGUGUCUCGAGCGGAACGAGAGGGACUUCGGCGUGCUGCACCACGAGAUGGGUCACAUCCAGUACUUCAUGGCGUACCGACACCUGCCCACCGUACUCCGGGACGGCGCCAACUCAGCGUUCCACGAGGCGGUGGGCGACACGUUCUUCUACUCGAUAUUUGGCCCUGCCCACCUCCAUCGGCUGGGCCUGGCCGAGGCGCCGACCAACUCGUCGCAGACAGGCGAGUACCGGCGUAAGCCGAGCGACAGGACGGCCGCCGUGCUGUUCGGACGCAGACGGCCGCCGUGCUUCUCUGACGCUGAUGACGGCCGCCGUGCUCCUCUGACGCUGAUGGUCGCCGUGCUGUUCGGACGCAGACGGCCGCCGUGCUUCUCUGACGCAGACGGCCGCCGUGCUUCUCUGACGCUGAUGGUCGCCGUGCUGUUCGGACGCAGACGGCCGCCGUGCCUCUCUGACGCAAACUGCCGCCAUGCUGUUCGCACGCAGACGAACAUCAACGAGCACGUCGUCAUGAAUGUGCUUGAUGUGAAAAAGAGAGGGCGUGGCCUGCAACUGCUGCUGCAGCGGGCCCUGGCCAAGGUCCCUCUGAUCGGGUUCAGCCUGGCGCUGGACACGUGGCGCUGGCGCGUCUACGGCGGAAAGGUGCAGCCACGCGACUACAACGCCGCCUGGUGGCAGCUGCGCGAAACGCUGUCUGGCGUGCGCCACCCCGACUGCUCGGCAGAGACGAUGAAGGCGACCGCGUGCAACCAGGCUGGCAUGGACCCGGGCGCGAAGUUCCACGUGGCCGAUAACAUACCGCACAUCAGAUACUUCCUGGCCGUGUUCCUGCAGCUGCAGUUUUUCGAGGGUCUCUGUGAGGCGAAGUACGGCUCUCCGCUGCCGAUACCGCUGCACGAGUGUGACCUCUACGGCUCGCACGCUGCCGGCAACAAACUCAUGGCGAUGAUGUCCCUGGGCAAGAGCCGCUCGUGGCAGGACGCCCUGGAGGUGAUCACCGGCUCCAGGCAAAUAUCCGCCAAGCCCCUACUCCGCUACUUCAAGCCGCUCUACGAUUGGCUGGUGGCCGAGAACCGGCGUACGCAGCAGAUCGUUGGUUGGAUGACCAGCGAGUGAGACCACGUGGUCUGCCGCAUUGACCAAUAGCAGGGUCCUGACAUCAACGUGGCCCGGCAAUGAUACUAGGCGUCUAGGAAGUCCAUUCGGAGAGACGAACCUGACUCGGACCAAAUGCUUCACUAAGUGUUAUAACACACUCACCCCGUUUUAUGACAGAGCAUUACGUGGAGCGGUAUUCGGCGUCGGUUAAACAUGUCACAAAAUACUGGCAGCAGCCACUAACGUCGGCGAGUGAAAACCAUAAGGGAAAUUUCGUAAUGUUCCGCUCAUAUCCACCCGACGGCGUUAACUUCUGGUGGAAUAGCAAGUUCAAAUACAGAGGGGGUGGGGGCGCCCCUCCCCUUGCUCCUUCAAAGGUGGCGGUCAGGCAUCAAUUGACAUUCUUCUGAAGUUCAGAUAAAAGUCAGCGUAAGUUACUGAGGGAUUUUUCUCGUAAGAUAGCUCGUGAUGCAAAUGAAGCGAAAUUCCACCAGUUUCUGGAAAUCAGGACAUUUUUAUGGACUGCUCUUGUUCCGGUCGCGCCACUGCUGGGGCCGUGACACAACAGAGACUCGAAGCCGGGCAGCCCCCUUGAAAGAGGGGCAGUUUUCGGGCAUUUCCCAAGGAGAUAUCGAUGUGACCCUACUGGCAAUGAAACAAUGGCCUGAAGUAUAUCUGCAUAUUCGAAGCAUAUCUGGCGAGAGUACGCCAACCAUCCGAUUGUCAUCCCGUAA